AUGGGCGAGUUCCAGGUGCACCGCGCGCGGCUCUUCGCCUUCGUGCCGGCCGGGGUCCGCUGCCUGGCCGCCCCCGCCACCCGCCCGCCCCGCCGCCUGGCCGCCGCACGCCUCGACGGCGCCGUGGAGCUCUACGACCUGCGGGCCAACGGCGCCCAGGAGAAGGUGGUCCCGGGCCACGAGGCGCGCGCCCCGGAGGCGCUGUGCUGGGCGGCGGGCGAGCGGCUCUUCGGCGCCGGGCUCGGCGGGGCGGUGGUGGAGUUCGACCUGGAGCGGCUGCGCGUCAAGUCUUCGCUCGACGCCUUCGGGGGGCCCCUCUGGAGCAUGGCGGCCAGCCCCAGCGGCGCCCAGCUGGCGGUGGGCUGCGAGGACGGCUCCGUUAAGCUCCUCCAAGUCGGGCCGGAUCGAAUCCAAUUCGAAAGGCAGCUGGACCGGCAGAAAGAGCGCAUCCUCUCUCUAUCCUGGCAUCCUUCUGGGACCAAGAUUGCAGCUGGCUCCAUUGACUGCUUCUACAUCUUUGACAUCGAAACUGGGCACGUCAGCCAGCGAAUCCUCGUAGAAAGGCGUCUGCAAGCCCCCCCCAGCCAGAAAUGCCUGGUGUGGGGCCUGGCCUUCCUUUCAGAUGGCACAGUGGUCAGUGUGGAUUCUGCUGGAAAAGUGCAGUUCUGGGAUUCGGUGAUGGGCACUCUGCUCUCCAAGCAUCCCAUCAGCAAAGCUGCAGUGCUUUCCGUGGCCGUGGCUGAGGCAGAAGAUAGUAUGGUUGUUGGCACGUCAGAAGGGAUGGUAUAUCAGUUCCAGCUGCUACCGGUGAAGCUGGACAGCUCUGAGCGCCAGUGGGUGCAGACGAGACCCUUUCGGCAUCACACUCACGAUGUGCGGACGGUGGUGCACACUGCCACAGCCUUCAUCUCUGGAGGGCUGGAUGGGCAACUUGUGAUCCGACCCCUAAUGGAGAAGGUGGAGUCGAAGUCCUAUGACGCUGCCCUCCGCACAAUCACUUUCCCCCACAAGCGCCUUGUCUCCUGUGCCAGGAGAGCCCGGCUCCUCCUCUUCCAGUACCCCCAGCACCUGGAGCUCUGGCGGCUUGGCACCACAAACUCCUUUGGAAGGCCUGGUGAGCUCCUGCCAGUGUCCUGCCCUCCCCAGAAUCUGCUCCAGCUGAAGGCCAAGGGCCCAGAGCACAUCCGCAGCAGCUGCGUCUCUCCGUGUGGCGGCUGGAUCAGCUACUCCAUAGCUAGCAGGUUCUACCUGCAUCGGGUUCAGCUCGUCAGCGACCACAUUUCCAUCAACAGAGUUCACAAGACUCCCAAGCUGAACGGCUCAGCCCACCACCUCCUUUUUUCCAAUGACUCUACCAGCCUUUUUCUGGCAUCGGAUCGGGGCUGCGUGCAUGUGCUUUCGCUCUUGCAGUCAGGGACCUGCAGGCAUCUACACACACUUCGCCCAAAUUCGGAGACCUUGGAAGCAGUGCAGCAGCUGGCGGUGAGUGCGGAUGGCAAGUGGCUGUCUGCAGCAGGGGGAGACCGGGAAAUCUGCAUCUAUAAUUUGGAAAACACCAAGCUUCAUUGCACUGUGCCAGCAUACGAGUGCCCAGUGACUGCAAUGGCAAUCCAUCCGCUGACCAAUAACCUCAUUGUUGCACAUUCAGAUCAGCAGGUGUUCGAGUUCAGCAUCAAGGAAAGAGGCUACACGCCUUGGAGCCGGAAACUGCAGCAGCUGGGCCUGCACAAGGAUUGGCUGGAGCGGGACACACCCAUCACCCACAUCGCCUUCCGCCCUGGGCAUUCCUCUCAUGUCUUGCUCCACGACACAUACAUGUUCUGCAUCCUGGACACGUCGCUGCCACUGCAUGAGGACGCUGCAGCCUCAAAGAAGCCAGCGCCACACGUGAAAACAAUACAACGCAGUCAUGGCCGGCCCUUCAAGAUCUGCAAGAAGUUCCAGCCUCUCCUCUUUGUGGAUUUCCUGGAUGACAAUUCUUUGGUGGUGACGGAGCGGCCGCUGAUGGACAUCAAAGCCCAGCUGCCACCACCCAUCUAUCAGAAGAAAUUUGGGACAUAGGUUUGGAAGGAUUUUUGCAGAGGCCAUCCUUCACUGAGGGGCUCCCUGUGCCCUUCCCUUCAGAAGCAGGGGGCUGCCUGGCCAGAGGAGCAACUGUUGACGGGGACCCUGCCACCCCCAUCCUGUGUCCUUGAGGUUACCUGUUUUUCCACCGUGGUCUGGCCCGGAAAGAGA